UCCGAGCGUAAAUUGCCGCUGCCUAGGGGGCAUUUUGAUUGGCCCCCAUUCCGGUGAACUCUGAUGCCGCUUCUGUGCUUGGAGCCUAGCCCGUAACUUAUUUCUGCCCACAAGCAGUUUGCACACCGCGCCCAAAACAGCGCAGAACAACACAGCCGCUGCAAAACUCCCACGUAGCCGUCCGGUGGUCGUCAGCGUCCUCGCGCCGUCACCAUGACUCGCUCUCUCACGCACAGGGCCGAGAAGGCUGGUGAGGACACUGCCAACUGCGCCAAGACCGGGACGCGCCGUGUGCGCAACCGGCUGCAGACGGACGAGGACCUCCGCCGCAACCUUAUCAUUGGCGGCAUCGUUGCGCUGGGCACUGCCGCCGUCGGCACCCUGGGCUGGUUCAUCUUCAAGCGCCGCGAUGACAUCAAAAAAUCGCUGAAGGACGCCAAGCACAAGAUUCAGGAGAAGAUUGAGCACCACAAGGACAAGGCACACGACAAGCCCGCCACUGGGCACGCUUGAUGAGCUGUCGUCAGAGGAGAACGGGGGUGGCGGGCCGAGGUUGAGGGAUCAGACUGAAGGAACAGGGUGGCAGGGCUGGGAGGGAUCACAAGCACAAGGUAGCGAGUGCACGUCUUUCCUGACAGGUGCAGUUUGCGAAGGGUGGUGUGCGGCCACGGCCGAAGAGACCAGGAUUGGCGUGCGGCCGUCAGGGCGCCUAUGAUGGGGCGCCGAGUGUGAUUGUGUUUGGGCGUUGAGACGGUUGAGAGCUGAGGAGAGUGGGCUGGCUUUGCGCACAUGCGCAAGGUGUAACCCAUGCUUUCG